UAAAAUCACCGAGGAAAGGAAGAUAACAAGAAACACGUGGGUUUCGCGUAACCUUUUUGAAAUGUAUUAAAGCAAGAUACCUAUUGAAAAUUUGUGUGUUGCUAGUGCAUUGUUGGAAAAUGGGAAAAGAGAGAAGACAGAGGAGAAAACCUCAUAAAGAAAAUCCUACGGGCCUUCCGUCUGUUAAGGAUUUCGAAGCGUUAGAAGAUGAUAGCAAGGUUAACAAUGUUUCAGAGGUUGCUUUACAAACAGCAUACGAAGAAAUACAAUCUGCUAAUGUUGGAGAAAAAUUAUCCGGUUUGCAAACGUUAGAAUCAAUGUCUUACGAUUCAACGAUUGCUGUACAAGUUGCGACAGAUGGAAUUGCUAAAAUGAUAGGACCAUUGCUUAUCGAUCCAAAUGCAACGGUGAGAGCCUAUAGCGCUAGUGCUUUAAGGCAUAUCGUGGACAAUGGAAAAACUGAAACGCAUGCAAGUUUAUUAAAAGAUGAUAUUAUGACGCCAUUGUGUAGUUUAUUGAAGAACUAUUACGCAGAAUGGGAACCGAAAUCUGACCAGGACAAGGAAAGUAACGUCAAAGCAGAAGAGGAUGCAUUUAUUCAGGUUGUCACGUUAUUAUGGACGCUAUGUGAACAUAACGAAGAUGCGGUAAAAAUUGCUAACGAAGCGGAUAUUGUUUCAAUUUUGAAGAAAUUUUUUGAUAUCAAUACUUACAAUAUAGAAAUUACUACAGUAACGGCACAGUGUUUAUUGUCUUUGUCCGAAGACAAUCCCACUGCUAUUAAAAAACUUUGUAGUUGCGAAAAUAUUAUUUCUCGAUUAUUAAAUCUUGAGACGGGUAAUAACGAUGUUGCUGAUUUGAUUUAUCUUAAAACUGCUAUUAGCGGAUUAAUAAUUAAUAUAGUAAACUUGAUGGAUAACGAUACGACCGAUAUAGUACAGAGAGUAAUAUGUGUGCUUUCCGAUACACUCUCCAUUGAUUGUAAACAAUUGUUGUCCGAUUUAACAUCAAUUUUACCUCAUAAAAAGAAUGAUUACUCGGAUAGUGCAAAAAAGAAAGUACAGACAAAUAGAAAAAUUCUUAGCGCGCAGCAACAAGCAUUAGAAAUUUUAGCUAAUUUAUGCGUAGAAGAUCAAGAAAACGAUGACAGCAACGAUUCCGAUAUAAAUGAUAUAGAGUUUGAAAUUGAUGGGGUAAACGAUGUUUGUAUGGAUGAUAAAUUAUAUAAUAAAACAAGUUCUUCUCUAUCACCGGAAAUAAUCGAAGUUUUUAAUAGUUGUAAUACAUUAAAAAAAGUAUGGGAUAAAACUGUAGCCGUGGAUAAAGAUACAGCAGAAAUAUUGGAACAAAACGUGGAAGGAGAAGCUGUUUUGAAGCAAAUGCAUAUACUAAACUGUAGAGCUUAUUUGUGCUUGAAUAAUUUGAUAUCGUGUCUAGAAAUGGAUACACUCGGUGGUAUAGAAAAUAUAUAUAGAAUGUGGUGCAAUAUCGGAACAGUUGUUUUCAAAGAUGCGAAUCCAGACGAUACCGAAUUGUUAGAAUCUGCUACCGCAGCUAUGAGAGCAGCCCUCGAAAAAUUAUCCGAGGCAGAAGUAAACGUUUUUAAUCAAUUAACGUUAAACGAUAUUCAUCCGAUGUUAAAUGGAGAACGUCAGUGCAAAGAUCCUAACAUUCGAGUGAAUUUGUUGCGAAUAUUGGGAAACUUAGCUACAGUUUUAACGAGGAAUAACGUUACCGAAUCGAGCGAAUUAAUUAAACAUAUAUCCAUAUUUUUGUUGGACACUUGCCUGAACGAGUCAAAAGUGUGGGUAAUGGCAGAAUGCAUGGAUGCCAUAAUGGACAUAUACGCGGAAGAUGAUAGCGAUAAAAUAGCGAGCGAAACGAAAUUGAUAGAAAGAUUGUACGGUCUGGUACCACUUUUUAAAGACAAGUUUCGACAAACAUUAACGGCAAUGGACAACGGAUGCACGCGAUAGUCGACGUUUCCGAGGAGAACACGAUAUUAAUUAGUGGUACAUAGAGAAAGUUUACGAUUCUUGGUAUCGAAUUCCGAUUAUAGGUAUAAAAUUAUUUUUAACUGAGAAUAAAGUAAAUACCGGUACGACGAGCGGAAGAGUAGUGCGAUGAACUGCUGAAUGUACAAGCAGAAUGUAGUUGAUUGAGUACGACGAUUUAUUGAAGACGAGUCGAAAUUGUCUAUACCGGCGUAGACCUUGAGACGAUAGUUCCAAAGGGUGCAGGAUGGAACCGUGAAUCUGUUGAAAUCGUUUCGACUUUAUUAUCGUAUAAUUCGAGCAUUGUACGUGAGAAUAAUGAAGAUGCCUUUCAACAGCAUCCGACCAAAUGAAACCGUCGAUUGAAACUAAUUAUCAAAUGAUCUCGAUGCGGAACGAUAUAGAAAGUUCAUUGUACAGAAAUCUUUUAUCGUCUAACAAGCCAAUCGACUUCGUAACGUGUCUACGGAAUAAAUAACCGAUAAAACAGC